AUGGCAGAAGGUUCCUCCUUACAUCCAAAAUUCCAAAUGUCUUCAAAUACACCCAGAGAAAUCAGUUCCCAAAUGCCUCAAGAUCCUGCAAGGAAUUUACCUUUUCAAAUGUAUCAGAGUCCCCUGGUGACCCCAAGAAGUCUAAUGCAAUCAAGUCUUUCAGUUCCUGAAAGACUUGACCUAUGUCACCAGGAGUCCCAAGGGCCAUCAAGAAAUUCAAGGAACCCAAUGCAACCAGGAUCCAUGGCACUGACAGAUAAAUAUGGUGACAAACAAACUCACUCUGAGGGUCCAAAAAAGGAACGAAAGGAACGCACUGUGUACACCAAAGAGCAAAAGCACCUGCUGCAGACACAUUUUCAGAAGCAGAGGUAUCCAAAUAGAAAGGAACUUAAGCAGCUGGCAUCAUUGGUUCGUGGGACAGAGACAGAUACAGGGCAGUGUGGACAGUUUUGGGUGGUGGAUAUUCAUGCAUUUAAUGCUGGGCCUCACAUUCUCCAUCACCUGGUUGUGCCCUUCCCUCCAAGCCUUGAGCAGGCCUGA